AUGACAACUAACACAACUAACCUUAAAAUCGAAACUGAAAGAGACCAGGUAUAUCUUUUUGACUCAUACGAUUUUAAAUCCACUCUUGCGAUUAACCUAUCUGCUCCGUUAGAGGCGUGGGAUAAUGGGACGGCAAACGGAGCAAAUGGUAAUGUAGGAAGAGACUUAAUGGGUGCUGGAACUGUAGAAGACCGCAGCAAACAAAAACAAGACCUUUUAAACUUGGAAGAUUUAAUUGAAAAAAAUUUGAAGCCUAAGUAUGGUAAGAUUUUAGACUUUCUUACUGGUCCAGAUGACGACCUACCUGACCUUACUGGUGACCUCGGUACUCCUCCUGACUCCACAACUGGGGUCUCCGCAACCGGUGAAAAAAGUCUUAGAAAAGCUCUCAAAGAGCCGGGUUUCUAUAGAGGAUUUCCGCUCCUAGACCCGAAUUUAACCACCUAUUUUGACUCCGCUAAUAAUGAGUUAAAAGUAAAAAAAAUAGACCCGACUAAGCCAGUUCGUUACACCGAAGAAAAAAUUAAUAAUUUUCGCAAUUUUGCCACCGGUUACACUGGUCCAAACGCAGACGUAUUUACUAAGAAGAAAACAAUUAAAGAUAAAAAUGGUAAUGAUGUUCAAGUUUUUGCCAAUCGUAAGCCAGAGGAAUGUCUUGGUUUUCAACCGGGAGAUGUUUUAAAAGACUCUACUAACGGCAAAUAUUUUUAUGUUAAUGGUGGCUGGUACUUUGGCGGCGAAUCCAAGAUAUAUUAUGACAUUCUUUCUGCUCAAAAUGCCGAGGAAGCCAUGGAUUUAGCUUUUUUUGGCAAAGACUACGACGAACCACAAAGCGAUAAAGCCACUCGAAAAGGAAACCCAAAACGAAAGGGAGAUAAAAAAUAUCCAAGUGUCAAUCUUCAAUUUAAUGAAGUAAAGGAUUGA